AUGGGAAAGGAACGAAAACCAAACUUUACUAGCGGCUUGUGGGUGAAAGAGAGAGCUAAGCCCUACAGACAUGGUCAAAUCAUUUGCCAUCAUAGAGAGGAUGGAAAGCGAUACACUUGGUUGGUUCGAUUUGAAGAAGCGGAUGGCACCACAACAGACGUGGCAGACGCAGCACCCACAGGGGAGGCAGCACCAACAGAGGCAGCGGCAGCACCCACAGAGGCAGCACCAACAGCGGCCGUGGCCCCAAAUCCGAUCAACCAAAUACCAGCUCGGCCCAGACGACGGGCUGCAGCCAACCACAAAAUCUGCCCAACACCAGCGCCAGUAGCACCAGCAGCAUCGUCGCCACGCACAGCAACCACAGACCAAUCUUCAGAACCAGACUACGAUUGGUCGAAGCUUCUGUCGAGCAACCAAUCGGAUUCGGGCAGCGACAAGUCGGACGAUGACAAGUCAGACGAUGACAAGGCAGACAAUGACAAGUCAGACGCAUCAAGUCAUUCAAGCGCCAAUUCGUUCCCUAUCCGCAGCAGCAGCGACGAUGAUUCAGAUAAUGAGGAACCCCCCGAAUCAACCACAACUCCACCAAUCAGAGACCCUUCGGCCGGAAAUCUAUCGAACGGGCAGCCUACAUUUGAAGCAGAAGAAGCUCUUGAAGAAGAUGUGAAUGCAGCUGAUGAGCGCGACUUUGAAUAUGAAGAAGAGCACCGAGAGAAGAUGAUCCUUUACAAAAGGGAGAAGCAGGAGCUUCUUGAUUCAAAGUGGACAGUUGAAUUCAUGCCGGACAAGCCUCCUAUGCCCCCCAAUGCAAGUGUCAAGACCAAAGGAAGUAGGCCUCGAUUUGGCAAGAUUCUUCGUCGAGCAGCUGAUGGAAUCAAAUGGGUGGUGGAAUUCGAUGGCCAGACUACCGAGCUCUCAUCACACUCACUUAUUCAGAUUUGGGAGCCCAAACCAUACGAGUGGAAGAUAGUUGAAAACUCUCAGCCUGACGUGUAUGUUGAAGACUAUGGCCAGAUUGGCCUUGCUGGAUUUGAGUUCGGCCAAUUUGACCCUGAGAAACUGAAGAAGGGAAACAAGCACUACGGCUACCCCUACCUGAAGCUGCUCCAGCGUCUCUGGCCUGGAGACCCUGAGCAGCAACGCAGACAAAUAAACCUACGCAUCGAUGUGGUGAAUGGGGAGAGAAAGAAGGCCAAUCCAAAGAACCCCACCUUGAUGCGCAAGGUCUCCAAGCAUGAGUUCUGGAAGUUUAUCGGUAUCCUUAGUUUGGCUGCUGCUUAUCGUGUUGGCGGUCACGAGCUCUUUGAGCAGGAUAAGCAUCGAAGCGAGUGGACCAUUACAGAGCCGAUCAACCUUGGCGUCAAUGGCGAAGAGCUAAUGCCGUUCUAUCGUUUCAAGGAUGUCAAUCCGACUUGCGAUGGCUACCCUGCACUCUGGAAUCAAACACCCAGAGUGAAAGGAAGCUCAGAAAGAGAACGAAAAGGAAUUCUUCAGAGGCGACUCUUGGUUCACCAGUGUUCCACUGGUUGA